UACUUGGAUCACUUAACGUCAUGUUCUCUGAAAACACUGAAAUCCGAGCCAGCGGUGUUAGUUAGGGAAACCGCCAGGCUCCAGCAGCAAUUAGCGGAUCUCGCAUACACCGAGUACAGAUCGUUUUUGAGAGCAAACGAGUGUACGCGAGACAUCAAAGGCACCUUUUCAACAAUGGACGAGCAGCUGAACGCUCUUCAAGCAUCGCUGCCGGAAGUGGAGUCUGCGUGCUCAUCAUUCGCUACGUCUUCGACUGAGAGCAUACUGAAGGAUAGGAAGCGUGAGCUUCUCGUUCUGAAUCAGCAUUCGAAACUGGUGGAGAUUCUGGAGAUCCCUCAGCUAAUGGAUACACUCAUCAGAAACGGCUACUACGAUGAGGCGAUGGACUUGCAAACACAUGUACAAAGGCUGCUACUCAGAUACCCACAACAUAAGAUUCUGCAGUCGGUCGGGAACGAAUUAGAAGCGACAACGAAAGUGAUGCUAAUGCAACUCGUGAAUUUGCUGAAAGGGGACGUGAAGCUUCCGCUCUGCAUACGCGUCAUGGGCUACCUUCGUCGGAUAGAGGCAGUGGCAGAGCCGGAGCUGCGGUUGAUCUUCUUGCAGCAACGCGACAAGUUCUUCCGAAAACGCGUGGAUGAUGUGUGUGGGAAAGAAGGUGUAGGGUCGGGCACUCUCCGGGAUCAUGCGGAAUACCUCCGCAAGUACAUCGACGUAUGUCGCGAAUGCUUCUUCGAUAUCGUCGCGCAAUAUCGGGCCAUCUUCUCGGAUGCUACUGCUACCGCGAAUACGAACGGCGACACUGGCAUCGAUAGUGCAGCACAUGUCAACUUCACAUCCGCCUUACUGUACGAUACCGCAUCCCACUCCACUCUGACGCACUCUAUCCUCUCAUCCUACAUGACAGACGCAGCGCAGGUGGCCAGUAUCUGCACGCAAACUAUGUACUUUGGCAUGAGUCUAGGCCGGAUCGGCAUCGAUUUUCGGAAUGUGGUCCGACACGUGUUUGAGGAUGCCAUUGAAACCAUCGUGAGCAGGACGAUCAUGGACGGGACAACGCAGUUUUUGCACUGGCUGCAUGAGACCACGGCAGAAGCUGCCAAUGCCAUCACGGCCGCUGCAUCAGCAGAUAUUGCUGUGCCAGCAUUUGGCAGCUCGAGGCAGAACAGUUCCCGGCACGGGGCGGCUCAACCCCUCGUAUCUGCCCCAACCUCGCUUUUGGCGCACCCGCCGUUAGCUUACCUUCUCAACACCUUCUUCAAUGCGUUUAAUCAUUUGCGAGCACUUCCAGCAUUGUCCCUUCGGGCCCGUAUAGAAACGCUCAUCGAAGCACGACUAGCGUUAUGUGCGGAGGGGUUGAGCGACGUUGUCGCAAGCGUUUGG